AGGCUGCGGUCCUGCCCGCGUUCCGGCCUGGUCGUUUGGAAACGGGAGCCCCGCAGUGCGCGCGCAGCCCGCCUGGUCUUCCCACGGCCCGGCGGAGAAGGCCGGAGGCAGGCGCGGCUCCGGCAGCGAGGCGAGCGGCCUACUAAGGGUCCGAGGCGAGCGCGGCGCGGGCUGUGGCUGCGGCGGCCGCGCUCAAGGCCUCGGCGCCGGCGGUGGCGAUGCUGUGGCAGCGGCUGGCUGUGGUGGAGUGGGCGGCCCUGGCCUGGGAGCUUCUGGGCGCCUCAGUGCUGCUCAUCGCCGUGCGCUGGCUGGUCCGGCGGCUGGAGAAGCGACCGCGGGACCUGAACCGUUGCGGGACACUCUCCUCUCCGCCCGGCGCGUCUGAAGCGGGGGCCUCUCCGCAAGGUGAGAUGACAAUGGAUGCCAUGUUGGCUCGACUGAAACUCUUGAAUCCAGAUGACCUUAGAAAAGAAGUUAUGAAAGCUGGAUUGAAAUGUGGACCCAUUACAUCAACAACAAGAUUUAUUUUUGAGAAAAAAUUAGCGCAGGCCUUACUAGAACAAGGUGGAUUGCUGACUUCCUCUCUUCCCAAGCACAGUGAGGUGACUCCCAUGGCAUUUAUUCAGGGCACCUCAAGGACUCCUGCAUCUGUGGAUGGGAAACAAACUCAACAGGCCUGUUUUUCUGAAGACAAAGAUUUUGGUUACAGUGUGGGCUUGAACCCUCCAGAAGAGGAAGCUGUAACAACCAGUGCCCACCCGAUACCCUUCAGUGCCUCUACCAGGAGUGACAACCACAAGGCUGGAGUGACAGCUACUAAGGAGCCACUUCUGUACUAUGGAGUGUGUCCAGUAUAUGAGGAUGGCCUUGUGAGACAUGAUAGGAUCCAUGUCUACGAAGAUAAAAGGGAAGCUUUACAAGCUGUCAAAUUGAUCAAAGGGUCCCGGUUUAAAGCUUUUCCAACAAGAGAAGAUGCUGAGAAAUUUGCUAGAGGGAUAUGUGAUUAUUUACCUUCUCCCAGCAAAACCAUGCCCUUACUGUCUCCUGUGAAGGCAGUGCUCUGUGGCAGUGAUGGGUUGAAAGAUGGCUUGUGCCUGGCUGAAUCAGAAACAGUAAACAAAGAACGAGCAAACAGUUAUAAAAGCCCUCGUACACAGGACCUUACUGCCCAGCUGCGGAAAGCUGUUGAAAAGGGGGAGGAACACACCUUUUCUGAUCUGAUCUGGAGUAAUCCUCGAUAUCUAAUUGGUUCUGGAGACAACCCAACCAUUGUACAAGAAGGAUGUAGGUACAAUGUCAUGCAUGUUGCUGCAAAAGAGAAUCAGGCUUCUAUGUGCCAGCUGACAUUAGAGACUCUGGAGAACCCUGAAUUUAUGCGUCUGAUGUACCCAGAUGAUAACAAGGACAUGCUUCAGAAACGCAUCCUCUACAUUGUCGACCUGUAUCUUAAUACUCCUGACAAAGUGGGCUUUGAUACACCGUUGCAUUUUGCUUGUAAAUUUGGAAAUGUGGAUGUAGUCAAUGUGCUUUCUUCGCACCCUUUGAUUGUUAAAAACCCAAAGAAUAAAUAUGGUAAAACACCUGAAGAUGUAAUUUGUGAAAGAAGCAAAAACAAAUCUGUAGAACUGAAAGAAAGAAUUAGAGAAUACUUAAUGGGUCACUACUAUGUUCCACUGCUGAGAGCAGAAGACACUUCUCCUGUCAUUGGGGAGCUGUGGUCCUCAGACCAGAAAGCUGAAGCCUCUAAUGCUGACCACUGUAGAAGUAGCCCCAGAGAUCCUGUGAUGACACUGAGAGCUUUUGUGGGACCUCUGAGUCCAUCCAAAGCAGAAGAUUUUCGAAAGCUCUGGAAAACUCCACCUCGAAAGAAAGCAGGCUUCUUCCACAGCAUCAGAAAGUCUGACCCAGAACGAGGCAUUGAGAGAGUUGGAAGGGAGCUAGCUCAUGAGCUGGGGUAUCCAUGGGUUGAAUACUGGGAAUUUCUGGGAUGUUUUGUUGAUCUGUCUUCCCAGGAGGGCUUGCAAAGACUAGAAGAAUACCUUUUCCAGAAGGAGUUAAGCAAAAAAGCUCAACAAGAAAUAGAUGAAAAUGAAGGCAGCUUUCAGGAAAGAACCUCAGAUUUGGGCAGUGGAAAGAAGUCCAGCAAUUCCAUCUCCGUGGGAGCCUUUCUAGAUGGGGAUGAUGGCAAUAGCUUGGAAGAAAUUAAAAAUCAGCAAAAUACAGUUCCAAGUCAGAGCCAGCCCACAACGGAUAAAUUCCAAAACUCUAAAAGUGGUUCCCUUCCCUUGGGACAGAAGACGGACCCUGGAGAAGCCUCAGUUGGAUCUUACCCAGAUAACAGCAGAAAUGGGUUUUGUCAUCCUCUGAACAACAGGACUGCAGAUGGAAGGGGACUAGAGGCCACCAAUGGAGAAGAGGCCCUUCCACCACCUGUUUCUAUUUUGACUCGAGAGUUCGAUAAGCUGAAUUUGCAAAGUCUAGGAGAUAGCCUUCUUGAGACACCAAAUAAUAGGAAACUAGAGGUUAAGACACUGGCUUCAAGAAAGGAUGUAGUAGAAAGUGACUUGCUGGGAUCGCCUCCUGCAAUAGCAAGACUUGAAAAUAAGCAAGUCAGGACCAACAGUGAGGUAUCAGAGGCAAUGGCUGAAAUGUCUUUGGGCCCCAAGAGCCCCCAACUUGGGGUUCAAGCUGGUCUACCUGGGUUCUCGUCUGCCACAGUAGAUUUCACCAAGAGGCUCUUCCUGUCUGGAGAGGAACCAUCAAAACUAGAUCGAGAUGUUUUAGCAGCUCUUGAGUGUGUGAAUAUUGACCCUGGUCUGUACCCAGCAGUCCACAGAUGGAAAAGUACCGUCAUGUGCUACUCACCCUCAGACAGACAGAGUUGGCCAAGUCCUGCACUCAGAGGGAAGUUCACAACUGAGCUGGUGGAUCUCGAUUGCUCUCAUAGCUGCUUAGGACGAUGCAGUCCAGCUGGGAGCAGCCCCAGUAAGCCUGGCCACACCACCACCUCCUCUCGCCUGCACAGCCCUGGACGCUACAGUCCAGCACAUGGGAGACACUUCCAAAGAGUGGCACGUGUGGCCCAACUUGCAGCUCUGUAGAGCCAGCCAGUAUGUGCACUCCUGGGAUUCAUUUACUUCUUUGUUUUUAAAAGAGUGAUGUUUUUUGGUUAAAAAUUCCAUGAAAGAAUGUAUUCUGAAUAACUUAAUCCUCACUUUGAGGGUACCUGAAUUCUAGAAAAUACAGUGUUCUGAGUAUAAUUUGAAUGUCUGAUAUUUUGGAAGAAGUUAGUGAAAGGAAACUCAGAUACAAAUUGUUUGAACGUGUAGCUGUAGUGAUGACUUUUCAGGUGGAAACUUCUAGUUUUGUUAUGGAGCAAAGAUGCAAAGGCAAUAGACAAGUGAGGUGUUGCUGCAGUUGGGUGUUAGCAGCAACUCUGCAGCACGUGCAAGCACACCCACUCUUUCUGAAACAGAUGAAUAAUGUGUUGUCUCUUUUUUGGGAGGAGGGACAGCUUUUUGAUAUGCAAUGACAAAACUAUGUGUUUGUCACUUCAUCCUAGUUGUUUCAACUGUGAGAAAGCAGGUGGCAGAGAAGCAGAUGGGCCUUGAUUAUCUCAGACUUCAGUAACAAUGCUCAAAACACUGCCAGAAGAUGGGGUGGGGGGAGUUAAAGCCAUUGAGAAUCAUGCCAGUAAUCACAGAAAACUCACCAGCAAUAACUAAAAACAAAAUUAUUUCUUGGUACUUGUCAGUGUAAUAAGUAAUUUAGAUAAGUAAUCUAGAAGUUGUUCCUAGUCUUAAAAUUUAUCCUGAGAUUGCACUGAGCAUGAAUACAUGACAGAUGUAUCCCAUAUUUUAGAAAUUAUUUGAACAUUACACUAGAGUUUAGCACUUGAGAUCUGAGUUCAUUUCAGUGGACUGUGGUGUUUACUUUUGUCUAUCCCAAGAGAUGUGUACAAAGUGGCACUGCACACCCUAAGGCACCAACUUAAAACCACCUUGCUGAAGCUGGUCCUGGCACAGCUACGUGUACAAAGCCAGUAGUGUUGUAUAGAUACUUGCAGUCCUUAAUCCCGAUACAAAACUAUACCACUGAUCCUGCCAACUUCAGUGCCUUUAGUGAGUCAUUUUUUAAUUUUUUCAAAUUUAGAUUUUUGAGAUCACAUAGUGCCAAAAUAGUGUUAGAUAAUUUUUUGUUGAUAAAAAUGUUGAACAGGCGUGCCUUUAACCCCAGCACUCAUUAGGCAGAAGCAGGGGGUUCUCUGUGAGUUUGAGGCCUGCCUGGUCUAAAUAGUUCCAAGACAGCCAGAACUUCACAGAGAAUCUUGUCUCAAAAAAUAAAAAUAAACCAAAAUAAUAAUAAAGUAAAAAUUGUGAGUUCAAAUGUUUGGGUCUUUUUUAGAGCUUACUUUAAUGUGGUAAGAAAUAUCAGAAUUGAGAUUUUUGGACUUUGGAAUCAGUUUUUCAUUCCCCUUAUAAGCAGUUGAGCUCUAAGUACAAGACGACCAAUAAAGUGACCUGGAAACAAUCCCAAAGGGAAUCUGUUCUCAAAAGAAACCGCAACCCACACAUUAUGUUCAGCUAUGAUCUUCUGUUCUCUAAAGUCUGAUUGUCCUGUGGGGUUGUUUUUGUUGUUGUUUUUCCAUACUCAAAAACUUUAAGUACUAGUUUAAACCUAAUUUUUUAAACUCUUUUCUCUCUCUCUCUCUCUCUCUCUCUCUCUCUCUCUCUCUCUCUCUCUCUCUCUCUCUAACUUAUUUCUUAAUGACAUUUACUUACGACAACUUUUGGAAGUCAGUUCUUAUGCCAUGUAGUUCUCAGGGAUCCAACUCAGGUCACUGGAAUUGAGGUUUACCUGCUGGUCCAUUUUAACUUUAAGCCACCUUUGGACUAUUUUCCCACUAGUGUGAAGGGUACAUGAUGCCUGUUAGUAACACCUGAUGAUUGUAUGUCAUAAACGCUGUUUAAUUGAUCUUUCUCAAAGUGUUGUGUAGGAAAUGAUUCCUUAACUUGUUAUCUGGACAGAAUCCCCUUAGUAAAACUGUAAACAAUAUUUCCAUUAAAAAGUACAUUGAGUAUCA